GACAAGGAGCGAAAAGAGAGGAGAGGGAGCACCAAAACGCAGGAGCACUUGCGGGUUGCGGCGGCGAGGCGAGGGCCACGCGGCGGCGGGAUGGGCGGCUCCGGCGGACGAUACUUCCCCGUCGAGGACAGCGAGGCGGACCCUUCCGCCGCCGAGCUCCGCGCCCGCCUCUCCUCCAAGGACCAGGAUAUCGAGGAAAUGCGGAGGCGGCUGCGGGAGUUGGAGAAGCUCGACUACGAGAUACCACCCGCCGCAUCUCAUGAAGAAGAACCAGAAACAGCUGCUUCAGCAACAACUGCUGAGAAGGCAGAGGUGGAUGCUCGCUCUAUAUAUGUCGGGAAUGUUGACUAUGCUUGCUUGCCGGAAGAAGUUCAGCAGCAUUUUCAGUAUUGUGGAAGUAUCAACAGGGUGACAAUCUUGACAGACAGCUUUGGUCAACCCAAAGGGUUUGCUUAUGUGGAAUUUGAUGAAGUUGAGGCUGUCCAGAAUGCUCUCCUUUUGAAUGAAACAGAACUACAUGGUCGUCCUUUGAAGGUCUGUCCAAAAAGAACUAACAUCCCAGGAAUGAAGCAUUCUAGGGGAAGGCACCCAGUUCAUCCCUUCUAUCCAACAUAUGGGUGUAAUCAGCACAUUAUCACUUUUGAGGUGACUUAAGUCCUUGUUUGGCCUAGCUCCACUUGAACUUCUCCAGGGUGGAAUCUGAAUCUGGGCCAAAUGACUGGCUUUUUCACCCAGCUUCUCCAGAAGCUAAGCUCAUCUAUUGGAAGGGGAUACAAGGUGUGUGGAGUUCCUGACUCAUCCUUAAUGACAUUAUUAAUUUUGUUUCUGUGCAGGAAGGUACCAAGGUUCAGGAGGUUCCCGGGAUACAGCUACAGCCCUUACUACUGAUUCUACUGGGUUGAUGUGAUUCACUGAUUCCUUAGGUUUUCUGGCGCUACAAAAUCACCCAACAUAUCAUGGUUCCAGUGUAGUGCAUCCGGUAUAGGCAGGACUCCUCCCUUAACGACCAAACUACGAUAACAUCCUUGUACGUUAGGAAUGACUCUUUGUUGUCUCUGAGUUUACCACAAAACUUCUGCAAUCAACCGGAUUGGCAGAUCGCUAAGAUAGGACUGUUGGUGAACUAACUGUACGUCUUUUUUGGAGACCCCCAUUUGAUCAGAAAGUUGCAAUGGAGUAACUCCAAUUACGGCCAAUAUUCGUGAUGUAUGCUUCGUGUUUUACUAUUAUCUUUCGCAGUUCUGGUAAUCAGUGUGUUUUGUAUGGACGGCUGUGUUACUAUUAUCUUUUGUAGUUCUCUACUCGGCAAAUUAGCGGUUUGCGGUAGUGCUGCAGCUUAAGAAACAUUCCUGACUGACCUUAUAAUCUAUUGCAG